ACGUAAAAGCCAUCCUCAUCAUUUGAGACCACACUUGAUAGGACUCCACAAAAGGAAACUUUACGGGCUAAAGUGAAAAAUGAGGGGCACAUCUCCGAGCAGAGGUUAUCCGCCUUUGUCUUUGAAGUGUGGCCAUCUAUGGAAAGCAACCCGAAAUGAGUUCCAGACAAACAUGGAGUGCAUCAAGAAUUUAAACAAGCACCAGAUGGUAGCUGAGAGGAAUCAAGUUGUGGCUUAGAAGAUGAGUGGAUAGAAGAUGGCAAAGCUGACUUUGGAUUUUUGUUUGUUCUUGUUUUCAUUUAUUUUUUACUUCUUACUUGCAGAGCUUUCAAUCUAUUGCUUUUCUGCAACAUCACACCUUUAAUCUUCCUUUACGCCUGUCAGGGGUUAGCACCAUUUGCAUGUUUAGUUGAAUAUGUUUUUAUCUGCAUGCAUCACUGCAUCAGAUAUGCAGACUGAAGCUGGCAUGCAUUGACACGUGGGAGAGCUUCUAGACUGACCUAAUACAAUUAAAGUUGACCUGGAUUUGUUUCCGGUGUUUUGAGACUUAAUUGGAAGGCUGAGCAGCAAAAUGGAACUUCUACUGAAGCUUCUCAGCAUCUGGUGCCUGAUUGGGCUAACUGUCAGCCAGGACAUAACUUACGAGGAACAUAUUGCCCAGAUUCAAGCCUGCCCUAAAGAGUGUCGCUGCCCAACGAACUUCCCUCGUGCUGUUUACUGUGACAAUAAAAACUUGAAGAAUAUCCCUAAAAUCCCUCCAUACACAUGGUACCUGUAUCUGCAGAGCAAUAUGAUUGAAGUGCUGUCAACAGAUGCCUUGCAGAAUGCCACCCAGCUGCGUUGGCUGAACCUUAACCGCAAUAAAAUCACUAGUGAAGGCGUGGAAGAAGGUGUCCUCAGUGCAAUGACUCACCUGGUGCACCUGUACAUGGACGAUAACCUCUUGUCUUCAGUGCCAUCACAACUCCCAGCCAGCCUGGAGCAUUUACGUCUGUCUCGCAAUCGAAUCUCCAAGAUCCCUGCAGGUGUCUUCGUCGGCCUGGAUAAACUUACUCUUCUGGACCUCCAGGGUAACAAGCUGAUGGAUGACGCUGUGACUGAAGUCAGCCUAAAGGGUUUGAACAACCUGGUACAGAUCAAUCUAGCCAAGAACCAGCUGAGUACCAUGCCUCUUGGGCUACCACCUUCUACCACCCAGCUUUUCCUUGAUGGCAACAACAUUGAGAAGAUCCCAGCUGGCUACUUCAAAGGUUUGCCAAAAGUGGCAUUUCUGAGGCUCAACCACAACAAGCUUGCCAGCAGUGGAGUCCCCAAAAAUGUGUUUAACAUCUCCAGCAUUUUGGACUUGCAGCUGUCCCACAACCAGCUGACUGAUGUUCCUCUCAUUCCCUCAGGCCUUGAGCAUCUUCACCUUGACCACAACAAGAUCAAAACUGUAAGCGGCUCAGGUGUCUGUCCCGUGUCUGUCGAAGAUCUGGGCGAUUCACUUAAUGAAAGUGCUCCUCGACUCCGCUACCUGCGACUGGACGGCAAUGAAAUUCAACCACCAAUUCCCAGAGAUGUCAUCAUGUGUUUCCGUCUCCUUAGGUCUAUUGUCAUCUAAACAGAAAAACGAACAUUGUUUCUUAGGCCAAUUCUUAUUUUCCACAAAUGAUGACUUGACCUUGAAGUUGAUUUGGUAAAUAAGAAUUGUGAAGCCAUACAUAUUUGCAUGUUUGUAAAGUAUCUGACAUUAGUUGGCAUGAACUUAUUGUAUUGUUGUGUCUUGGAAACAGCUUUUUUAGUUAAGUCUGAAUAAGAUCUAAAAGACACUACUGAUGGGUUAGAAGCUUUAAUUGUGGUUAUUGACAGCUAGCUGUGCCUUAUGCAGGUGUAAACAGCUGCAUGAAUACUUCUGAACCAAAAUGUAACUGUACAUGAAUAGGAGGACAAUAUGUAUUUAUGGCAUGUAAAAAGCUUGGAGACUAAUUGUCAUUAUGCGAUAUUGAACAGAAGCUAAAGCUUCUAAAUGCAAAAUCAAAAUACAACUUUUAUUUUUUUUUCUAUGACUACUUUAUAUCUUUGGGCUUGAAGCCAAAUAACUGGUCUUGUGUUCUUAUAGGUGUGUGGUCUUGAUUUUCUUCCGAAAAUUACUCUAUUCUAGAAAUUUGCAUAUUUACUGUAGGUAAUUUAUUUUUAUUUAAUACUGGGGGAAUAAAAGUGAAAUCCUGUGAAUAUUCCUGGCCAACAGUCCUUAAUGUUUUGUACACAACAAUGUGAGAACUGUUUUUAUAAAAAAAAAAUACCAAGACACUUUUUAAUUAUGGCCAUUUCUUUUUCUGAAUAAUUUGAGAUAAGAUGUCAUUUGAAUUGUCUUCAAUUUAAAUAAAACUUCUAAGAACAA